AUGAGCCCGGUUGUCGGUAAUAGGCUUUCUUUCGGGUCAGACCCUCGCGUGGCGACGUGCCGCGGGCGGCUGCAGACACGCCGGUGUGCGCUCAAUCAAGAAAUUAACAAGGAGCUGCGGCUUCGGGCAGGAGCUGAGAAUUUGUUCAAGGCAACGACAAACAGAAAACUUCGGGAGACGGUGGCACUGGAGUUGAGCUUCGUGAAUUCCAACCUGCAGCUGCUGAAAGAGCAACUUGCGGAACUUAACUCCUCUGUUGAAUUAUACCAGAGCGAUAAUAGCAGAGAAUAUGUAAUGCCAAUGAUCCCGCUGGGGUUGAAAGAGACCAAGGAAGUAGACUUCAGGGAACCGUUCAAAGACUUCAUUCUGGAGCAUUACAGCGAAGACGCUACGACUUACGAAGACGCUAUAUCGGACUUUAUGGAUAUGAGACAGGCAAUGCGUACCCCGGUCCGGUCGAACGCUGGCGUGGCUCUGCUCUUCAAGUACUAUAACCAGCUUUACUUCAUCGAACGACGGUUCUUCCCGCCCGACAGAAGCCUUGGUGUCUACUUCGAGUGGUUCGAUUCACUGACAGGAGUCCCAUCGUGCCAGCGAACAGUGGCUUUUGAGAAAGCUUGUGUCUUGUUCAACAUAGCUGGCAUCUACACACAAAUUGGUGCUAAACAGGACCGUGUAACGUGUUCAGGGCUAGACCACGGAGUGGAGGCGUGGCUGCGAGCGGCGGGCGCGCUGCGCUACGUGCUCGACAACUUCACCAACGCGCCCUCCGUCGACCUGGCGGCUGACACGCUGCUGGUCCUCGCUGCUUUGAUGACUGCACAAGCCCGCGAAUGCCUGUUCGAGAAGCUGCAGCUGCAGGCUCGCGAGGCGCGCGGCGAGCUGCGGCGCGCGCCCGAGCUGUGCCUCGACCUCGCGCACGAGAGCGCGCACCUCGCGCACACCUACCGACAACUCUACGACAAGAUGCAAACAGAGGGUGUAUUCAACUACGUGCCAUAUUCGUGGGUUUCUUUAGUCCACGUUAAGACUGAGUUUUAUAAAGCGCUAGCACACCAGUACUGCGCCACGGGGCUGCUCAACAUGCCGGCGGCGCAGCGCUCGCGGGAGCGGCUCGCAGCUCUGUACGCGCCUGACACUGACAGGAACAUGGACAAUGGCUCAUCUCUGUCAGCAGCUUUGAAAGAACAAGAUCCAGACUAUUUGGCACUUGGUCGGGCACAUCUGGCAGAGGCGCUUACACAAUAUGAGGAAGCAUUACGAUUGCAGAGAAUGUGUCGAGAACUUCGCAGCAAAGAAGCCAUAUCGCUGGUGGUAAGAGACCAACUGGAGCUUGCGGGUCGUGAACGUACCAUACACCAAGACAAAGACACGCAGGACUUCGCUGAUCUGAUCGACGCUCCUAAUAUACAACCAUCAUCAAAAUUUCAACUGGCGCUAACCCAGCCAGACUUCGCCCAGCACAGAGUAGAAGACCUCUUCAAAUCUCUAGGCCCCAUCGCCAUAUUCUCCGCCAAACGUCAUUGGAGCGCACCCAGACUAGUCCAACUACAAAAAUACAGGGACGGCUCUCGCAAAGAAAGACCAAGAAAAGAAGAAUACGACGAAACGAGAAGUAGCAAGAAGAGAGACAGAUCAGAAGACAACACUACCUAUUACAAUCAAAUAAUUAGAAGCGAUGAAAAAUAUACUAACGACUAUGAAAAGAAAAAACUUCAUAGGGAUGGUAAAGUUGAGAAUGGAGUUAAAGAGAAUGGGGUCAAAAAACAUGGGAGAAGGAAAGACCCCCUGAGGAGGGCCGCUAGUGAAUACAAUGUAUCGAAUGCGAAGACAGAUGAUGAAGGAUUCGGGUUUUCUGUGAGAGGCGAUGCUCCUGUGGUCAUUGCUGGAGUUGAAGCUAAUUCUUUAGCGGAAAUUGGUGGUAUGCGUGAGGGAGACUUCAUCAUCAGCAUCGGGGACACAGACGUCAAGUGGAGCUCACACGAGGAGGUGGUUCGCCUCAUUCAACAGGCUGGGGACACCCUCACUAUGAAAUUGGCCACCCCAAUGGACAAGAGCAGUCUCAAGCCCUCCCCCGAGGCGCCGCGCCAGUCGAGCUCGAACCAGGGCUCGGUGUCGGCGGCGUCGUCGGCGUCGAGCGGGUCCAGCGCGCCCACCGCGCGCUCGUCCCCGCGGCGCGCGCCGUCGUGGAACCCCUUCCGCCGCGCGCACCACGCGCCCGCGCCCACCGCCGCCUCCGCCAACAACAUCACCUUCAGAUAG